AUGAAGAUACUUACGGCCUCUCUCGAAAUAUUCGUGCUUCUAUCAACCUUGGCUGGCACCACGUGCAGCAUCCACCUAAUACCGAGUUCCCAGCAAAUACAGAGCCAACAUCUGGCAGCUGAGUCCCUCCAUGCUCGAGCAUUCGGAGUUGCGCCCAACGGCUAUGCGCCCAAAGGAGCAACAUGCCCUUCCACUCGCCCUUCCAUUCGAAGCGCCGCCGAGCUAUCUACCAACGAGACAGAAUGGCUGGAGAAGAGACGGAACAACACAGUCCAGCCAAUGGCGGAUUUCUUGCACAGAAUGAACAUACCAGGGUUCGAUGCCUCGUCGUACAUAAACAACAAUAAGCAGAAUGCCACUGCCUUGCCAAACAUCGCUAUUGCAGCCAGUGGAGGUGGCUACCGCGCCCUACUGAAUGGGGCCGGAGCUUUGAAGGCGUUUGAUAGCCGGGAAGUCGAUGGGCUCACGGAUGGUCACCUUGGGGGCUUGCUUCAGUCUGCAACUUACUUGGCUGGUCUCUCAGGAGGUGGCUGGCUUGUUGGAUCUGUGUUCGUGAACAAUUUCUCUACGAUAUCCAGUUUGCAAAACGAGAAUACAGGCUCGGUCUGGGAAUUUGGCAAUUCCAUAUUCAAGGGGCCGGACAAGGGAUCCAUACAACUUCUUGACAGUGCGCAGUAUUAUGAUAAUGUAGCAGAUACGGUCGAUGAUAAGAAGAACGCUGGAUUCAAUACGUCCGUGACAGAUUAUUGGUCAAGAGCACUAAGCUUUCAGCUUGUAAAUGUAACGGAUGGUGGACCAGCUUAUACAUGGUCUUCCAUUCAGCAGCAAGAUAGCUUUUCAAGUGGCCAAAGCCCGAUGCCUGUUCUCGUUGCUGAUGCGCGAGCGCCCGGCGAAAAGCUCCUUUCUGGCAAUACGACAGUGUACGAGUUUAACCCAUUCGAAAUGGGCACAUGGGAUCCGACGACCUUUGGAUUCGUGCCCCUUGAGUAUUUGGGCUCGAACUUCAGCAAUGGAAGUCUGCCGGACGGCCAAGAUUGCGUUCGUGGAAUGGACAAUGCUGCAUUUGUAAUGGGGACGUCGUCUUCACUAUUCAAUCAAUUCUUGUUGCAAGUCAACGGUACGGACGUCCCAGAUCUGGCCAAGAAGCUCAUUACCAAGAUACUCAAUACUCUCGGCAACGACGAUAACGAUAUCGCUGACUACUCUCCGAAUCCUUUCUUCGGCUUUCAUAACGAAACCUCCCCGAACUCUCGUACCCAGCGCCUCACCCUCGUCGACGGAGGUGAAGACCUCCAAAACAUCCCCCUUCACCCCCUGAUCCAGCCCCAUCGUAAUGUCGACGUAAUCUUCGCCGUCGACUCCUCAGCUGAUACCGACAACUUUUGGCCGAACGGAACAUCUCUGGUCGCGACCUACGAGCGUAGCCACUCGCAGGAAAUCUCGAAUGGGACCGCCUUCCCAGCCGUCCCAGACGUGAACAGCUUUGUAAACUUAGGCCUCAACAAUCGCCCUACGUUCUUUGGCUGCAACUCUUCCAACACGUCCUCCAUGACCCCUUUGAUCGUCUACCUGCCCAAUUCGCCAUACGUGUUCCAGUCCAAUUUCUCCACUUUCACGGCCUCCUACAACACUAGCACACGGAACGCUAUGGUUCAGAAUGGCUACGAGAGCGCGACUCAGGGGAAUGGGACCAUCGACCGCCAAUGGCCGACGUGCGUGGGAUGUGCCGUCUUGAGCCGGAGUCUGGAGCGGACGAAUACUCAAAUGCCAGACGCAUGUCGGGAUUGUUUCCAGCGGUAUUGCUGGGAUGGACGAACGGAUUCGAGACAGCCAUCCGCAGCCUAUGAGCCUCCCUUUAAGGGCGCGUCGAUCAAAGUUAGCGCGGGUGAACAUGCAUUUGAGCGCAAGAACCUGGUCGCUGCGGCUGCGGUGGUUGUUCUUGGUGUGAUCGUCGGAGUGUAA